UUAGCAACUUUCAAAAUGGAUUUUCUAAAAUGUUCCUACGAUAAACAGGAGCGUGUGUGGAGUGGCGACAAGCGUCCAUUGGUUUACGAUUUCGAUUGUUCCUUGGGCAAAGUUAUAUACAACACACUGAGGAAUUAUCCGAAAAAAGUUUGUCAGGUUUCCGAUAACAAUGGACGCGAGGUUACCAAUGGUGAGACGCUUACUUGGUCCGUACGCUUGGCACAGCAUUUUAAAAAAAUGCACCUAAGGCAUGAUGACGUAAUCGGUAUUGUAGCUAAAAACACCACUUAUUUGACUUCGGUGGCUGUCGGCUGUUUUAUGAAUUGUACGCCCUUCCAUGCUGUCAAUCCAAUAUUCGAUACGAAGACCAUCGAAAAUGUCUUCGCUAUAACAGCACCCAAAGUAAUAUUUUUGGAUGGCGAGUAUUAUGAGAAAGUCCUGGAAGCUACCCGUGAUUUGAAGCCAUUAUACUACACAUUAACCAAUCAUAUUGAGGGUGUAGCAAAAAUUGAAGAUCUAUUGCUACCCACAAAAACGGAAUUCUUUUACCUGCCUGAACAACUGACGUUGGGCGGUGAACAGACUGUAGCGAUACUCUGCUCAUCCGGAACCACAGGUCUACCCAAAUGCGUGUGCAUAUCGAAUUAUGCGCUACAAUUAGAAAAUUUAUUUGUUACCAGUGAGGAUGUGGUAUUCACCAAUAGCAGCUUAGACUGGUUUACCGGUUUGUUAUACACCAUUUUCACAUGCACUUCCAGCUGCAAGCGUGUUAUCACGAACCGUCCCUACACCCCGGAAUAUCUGGUUGAGUUAGUGCAGAAAUACAAAAUUACUAGCGUUGGAGCUGCACCACGUCAUGUCGCCGCGCUAGUGGCUUGCCCCACAGCUAACGCCGAGAAUUUGAGCACAAUUCGUACAUUUUCCGUUGGUGGAGGCAGCGUUACUCUGCCUGUAAUUCAACGUCUACAAAGUUUACUCAAGAACGGUUUGAUAACCUUUGGCUAUGGACUAACCGAAGUUGGCGGUAUUUCAAUUAACAUGGGCACUCAGUUUCACACGUCAGUGGGUAAGUUGUUGCCUGGUCUGCACGCGCGCAUUGUCGAUGAGCAAGGCAAGAAUUUGCCAUCCAACGAAGUGGGUGAGAUUUAUGUAAAAACUGGUCGUAGAUGGAAUGGUUAUUAUAGUAAACCCAUUGAAACGCAACGCUUCCAAGACUCGCUUGGUUGGUUUCAUACCGGUGAUCUUGGCUACUUCGAUGAUAAAAACAUGCUUUACAUCGUCGAUCGUAAGAAGGAUAUAAUGAAAUAUCAGGGCAUGCAAUACUGGCCUGGUGAGAUCGAGCAAGUAAUCAGUCAGCUGCCUGAAGUGGCGGACGUUUGUGUGGUGGGCGUAAACGAUGAGCGCAAUGGCGAUGCUGCCGGCGCCGUUGUAGUGAAACGUAAGGAUGCCGUACUCACGGAGCAGCAAGUCAAGGAUCAUGUGAUUAAGCAAAUACCGGUGCCCUACAAGCACCUGCAUGCGGGUGUAAUUUUUGUGGACGAACUGCCACACAAUACUAAUGGCAAGUUACUAAGGAAGGAGGCGAAGGCAUUAUUUGAGUCUAUAUAAGUGUUUGGGUGGACUUAUGUUUUGAAAUUAUUGAGUAAAAGCAAUUAAUUGUGUGAAUGUGCCACAAUAUUAAUUAGCCAAAAGAAAAUGUUACACUUAGUUAUCGUAGUUUUACAACCGUUUGAUUUUUUAUUUCUUAUUGAAAGGUAGGGGAACCUCAUGAGAUCAUCCUUUAGGGUUCUACGGCUUUACUAACCCUACCUCCUCCAGUGUAUCAUACCGUUGAGUCCCGACAAUGCUACCAAUGUCGGUCACGCUUUCGGAUGACAGCCGUACAUCACUCUUGCCAAUCUCUUCCACUAUCUUAUAAAAGUGAAGUUGCUUGUUCACUCUCUACUGCUAUCUUGUUUUCCAAACUUUGGAGUUGUCUGCUGAGAAAUUAGAGGCUUAUUCCGCAGCCAACCCAAUAACAAAAAACCUCUCUUUGAAGUACACUGUUGUAAUCCGACAGUAUAAAAGGCUAGCUUUUGUCUAUUUCCGGACAGUAUAUUCCCACCCCAACUCUGUCCUACAUUUUCGAACCAUCUGUAUAAAUGUUUAAGAUGUUGCGCACAGGUGGCAUGCCUCUACACUAACCACCUCUUUUUAAGUUUACUUUGGAUCUUCUUCCUUCUUUGAAUAGUGGAACUACAUAUGUAGUCUUUGCCUGUCAUUACCCACUGAACUAUGCCCAAAGUUUCUAUAUGUAUGUAAAUUGUCCUAGCGCCAGUCGUCGUCCCGCCGAUUUUGCCACGCAGUCUUCAGAGAGGUCUAUAGGUGGGAGGUUUAGUAUUAUUUGAAGAGCCGCCGUUGGGAUGGUUCCUUAAGCUCUAGCUAUACACAGCGCAGCUGAACCUUUUUCAUUAGCUUCCGGCUUUCAUUGGCUUCCGGCAGACAUAUUUCCGUAUGCCUAUCCACCAGAAAAAAAAUCUAAAUAAAUUAGCGCAUCAAGCGUCAAAGAACUGUCAAAAUAUAAAUAACGUUGGCGCCGAGAAUGAAAAUGUAGCAAAUAUCAUAGCAUUCACAUUCGAGUUAGUUGAGUGUACAAAAAUAUUUAUCGGGCUACUGUUAUUCUGGAAACUCGAACCAUUUGAAACGAAAUA